GAGCCUCCAUCCAUUCCGUUCGUCCUCCCCUCCUUCCCAGGCCCAAUCAAUCCCCUCGCCGAUGUCGAGCAACGCCACCUCCCGCCGCUCGGCGGCGGCGGCGGCGGCCACCGCGACGGCCAAACGCUCUGCGGUGGCUGCGGAGAGCGCCGGCCGGGGAGCCAAGGCGGCCACCGCGGCGCAGGCCAAGAAGCGCGCCGCGCUCGGCAACAUCACCAACGCCGUUGUCGACGGCGCGGGAUGGAGGAGGGUCGGCGGCUCCGGGAAGGUCGCGAUGGACCCGGCGCGCACUGGGAAAUUGAAUUCAGCUACCUCAGCUGCACCACUCAAGAAGGGCUCUUUGGCAAGUGCUCGCAGGGGAUCCGAUCGGUGUUCUGCAGUGAAAUCGGCUUCUACCAAGCCAACUCCAGCCGUAUCUCGCAAUGACGGCACGGUGCAAAAGCACAAUGUUCCUCCUCCUAAGGUGCCCACUGUUGCGCAUGCGCCAAAUGUCGCACCUGCCACUGCACCCUGCAGCAGCAUUGUGUCUUCCCGAUACUCAGGAGACUCAGUUUCCAUCGAUGAGACGAUGUCUACCUGCGACUCUAUGAAAAGCCCAGACUUUGAGUACAUUGAUUAUGGGGACUCGUCAAUGCUCGCUUCAUUGGAGCGACGGGGAAAUGAACACCUACAUAUCUCGGAGGACAGAGGUGUUGAAGAAACUAAGUGGAAGAAGGAUGCCCCUGCUGCAAUUGAAAUCGACCGCACUUGUGAUGCUGAAAAUAAAGAUGAGGAUCCGCAGUUGUGUCCGACUCCUGCUUCUGACAUCUACAUGCUCUUGCGUGAGGCUGAGACCAAGAAAAGGCCAUCAGCUGAUUUUAUGGAAACGAUCCAAAUGGAUGUAACUUCAAGCAUGAGAGCUAUUUUGAUAGACUGGCUUGUGGAAGUUGCUGAAGAAUAUCGUCUUGUUCCUGAUACUUUAUACCUGGCAGUUAACUACAUUGACCGUCAUCUUUCUGGCAACCAAAUCAACCGCCAAAGGCUGCAGUUACUUGGCGUUGCUUGCAUGCUUAUAGCUGCAAAAUACGAAGAGAUAUGUGCACCCCACGUAGAAGAAUUCUGCUACAUAACUGACAACACAUACUUCAGAGAUGAGGUUUUAGAAAUGGAAGCUUCUGUCCUGAAUUACCUGAACUUUGAAAUGGCUGCACCUACAGCAAAAUGCUUUUUGAGGAGAUUUGUUCGUGCUGCACAAGUAUGUGAUGAGGAUCCAGCUUUGCAUCUGGAGUCCCUAGCCAAUUAUGUAGCGGAGCUCUCACUGCUGGAGUACAAUCUACUUUCUUACGCUCCUUCACUAAUAGCUGCCUCAGCUAUCUUCUUGGCGAAAUUUAUACUCCAGCCGACAAAGUAUCCUUGGAAUUCGACCCUUGCCGAGUACACACAAUACAAGCCCUCAGAGUUAUGCGACUGCGUAAAGGCACUGCACCGCCUUUUCAGUGUUGGUCCUGUGGGUAACCUUCCUGCAAUCAGAGAAAAGUACAGUCAACAUAAGUACAAAUUUGUUGCAAAAAAGCACUGUCCAGCAUCAAUUCCUUCUGAGUUCUUCCGAGAUGCAACGUGCUAGAGGAGUUGCAGUUGCUUACUGAAUUCUUCCUCUCAUGACUCAAAUGCCAGGUUGUUCAGUGCUUGUGAUAUGUUAUGACAGCGGUGUGCUCUUUUUUCUUACUGAGAGAAUGUACAGACCCAUGUAUUUUUCAGGUGCAUGUAAAUCGGAGUCCUGCUGCAAAGUGCAAAGCACAUCUCGUUUGUAUGCCAUAAGACAGGACUGCUAGUCUGAUACCUUCAUAAGAGCACCACAUUUUAACAGUGCUCAUUCCGACCAUGUCUUUACUUUCUGCCUCUUGUCCUUGAGCUCAGCUAACUGAUGCAAUGUUGGAGUUACAUUAUCCCAUCUAACAAAGAUAUGGAAAGGCUCCGUUUACCAAA